AUAGUCUGCGCUAUAUUUGAGCGUAGCUGUAUACCUGUUAUUAGGGCAUAUGCUGCUCUACCACCGGUAACUCGCAAAUGCCGACGAGAGUAUAUUAGAAAGAAAUUUCGGUCAGCCUACGAAUCACCACUUGGAUUAGGAUUGAUUAUUCGACGAAACAUAUCGAAAUCUACCGCUAUAGUAAUCCUUCGAAAAGCUUACGACGUGGGCAUGGACUCGAAGAGGCCCCUGCGCAUACUCUGCCUCGAUGGAGGCGGGGUGCGCGGCAUCUCGUCUCUUUACAUCUUGAAGGAACUUAUGGGGCAGGCUAGGCGAGAGAGAGAGACUGGCCCAGAGGAAAUCAAAAGUCUUCGCCCAUGCGACUUUUUUGACUUGAUCUGUGGCACUAGCACUGGGGGGAUGAUCGCUCUGAUGUUGGGCAGAAUGAAGAUGAAUGUCGGCGAUGCAAUCACAUUCUAUGAGCAGAUGUCCAAAGAGAUCUUCACCUCCAAAUCGGAGAAUCCAGAAGCGGCUUUCGACCAUAGGAUUCUUGUAAAAUCUAUCAAAGACGUCAUCACCUGCCCAUCUGUCCGCCUGGAUGCAGAGUCAAUUCUCAAAGAUGAAGACGAGCAUAACACAAAGACCUUUGUUGUCUCCACGUCUCUCCAGGGUACUGGCGCCACCGCAGUCCGUAUGCGCACAUACGGCACCAAGACUUCUGACCCUUUCGAAGCUAAAAUUUGGGAGGCUGCCCGCGCUACAUCCGCAGCCCCAACUAUCUUUGAGCCUAUCACUAUCGACCGCAUUAAAUAUGGAGACGGUGGGACUGGCUGGAACAAUCCUGCGGAAGAGGCAGUCAACGAAGCAAAUCGAAUCUGGCCUAAUAGACCAAUCGGAUGUCUGGUCAGUAUAGGCACGGGUCUAGAAGAUCCAGCGCAACUAAGAGACAAAGAGGACAAAGGGAAGGACGAUUUCGCCCGGAAAUUCAUCAAAAUAACGGCCCCAAAGUCGUCUUUCAAAUUGGCCGUUGCAGAGUAUUGUGUUAAGAUCCUAACGAGCUGUGAAAAGAUCCAUCAACGCCUGGAUGGGAAUCCGGCGAUGUAUGGCAUUGACGGCCGCUACUUCCGACUCAACGUCCCACAAGGAAUGUCGAAAAUCGGCCUGGAGGAGUGGGAUAAAUUGGAUGAAAUAAAAGCCCUCACCCACUCGUAUAUGGACACUGGAGACUGCUUACGCAUGAAACAGAAAAUAGCAAAGACUCUACUUGAUCCUCAGUGCGCCGUUAAGGCACAUGAGCGUGACAAAAAUGGGUAUACCGCACUGGAUCGUGCAGCCUUGAAAGGUGACGUCGAGGAAAUUCAGAUCCAAUGGGACCAGGGAGCCGACCUUGAUGCAAUCGAGCCUAGAAAAGGAUAUACUCCGCUCAUCGAGACUAUUGAUCGAAACCAGUUCGACGCAUUCAAGGCCCUGAUUGCAUUUGGUGCAAACGUGAACAAGCCCAACCGCGAUCAACACUCUCCGUUAUAUUUCUGCUUGAACUGGAGGAAGGACUUCAUGUUUGGAUUCACACUUAUCAAUGAACCUGGCAUCGACGUGAACGGGACAGACAAGGAUGACCGCACGCCUCUGAUGUUAGCGGCCAUGACUGACUCACUACCAUUCGCUGACCUCAUACUCAACCAAGGAGCCAACGUCAAUGCGAAAGACAAGAAUGGUAUGACGGCAAUGCAUUUUGCGGCUAUGGUCCAAUCUAAAAAAGUUAUGAUUAGACUGCUCAAAGGCGGAGCGGAUAUAAACGCCCAAAACAAUUCGGGCCAAACGCCACUGCGUAUCGCGGUUAACAGUCCUGCCACCCAGAGUUUGGACUGGUUACUGAAAAACGGCGCGAAUGUUGAUAUCGCGGACAAGAACAACCAGACACCAUUGCAGGCUGCGAAGGCCAUGAACAAGGGAGUUUGUGUCCGGCAGCUGGAAGAAUACGCAAAUCUUGCUCCCAUGGGCGGAAGCGCAGAGAAUGUGCAGGCAGCUCUAGCUGGACUUCGAAUUGAGGAUGCACCAGAUGGUACAGAUGAGGAAUACUGUUAGGAAUGCUGCAAGGCACCAAAGAAUGAUAGGAACAGCUUAAUUGGUUUGGAAACAAUGCGAACCACUAGCCUCUCAUAGGCUAUGGUACGCCAUGUAUUUAUCUUCAGGUUCCUCCUCCCCGUUGACGUGAUGGAACCCGCUGUGGACUACAUAUGUGUUGAGGGGAACCGGACGCUUCCCGAGGAUUUUGGUGGUGUCUCACCAAUUUCCGAGCGGGAUCGUCCGACUUCCCGGGUUGGCUGGUGGUGUGGGCUAUACGAAGCCACCAGUUCUCAGGCCAGCUGAGCUCUUGAGAGCUUCCAGCUGAUCAGGGCUUUGGGGGCGCCCCUGAAGCUCUACAAAUACUGUACGUAGGCCCGUAGAAAUAGUGUAAUAAUUCAAUCAAUUAAUCUGACGGGACA